AUGAAUGUACCAAAACAGGGUUUCAAAGUGUCAUGCAGAGAUACGUCACCUGAAUGUUUAAAGAGAUCGCUUCAAGAAGUUUAUCCAGAAUUUAUACAUGGAAUUCCAGAAUUAGGAAUUACGUCGUUAGAUCCUUUUGCAGUAGAUAGUUUAGUUCUAAAACUUCCUGGUGAGCUCACGCUUGAAUUUAAAGACGCCUAUGCAAAAGGUCUUCAGAAAUGCAAUGUUGAUUAUAUAAGACUAAUCGAGGAAUAUAAUUUAGAUAUUCAAUUUAAUUGCAACCUGCUCACCAAGGGUAAAUAUCGGUCUACGGGACGACUUUUCAUGUUCCCAAUCGACGGGGAAGGUCUUUCAACAAUCAUUAGCAGAAAUUUAAAGAUACGUUGGAACAUUCAAUUUUCUUCUAUAACAAAAGACGAAGGUCAAAAGUACAUACAAAUUAAAAACUUGAAAACGUCCCAUUCUUUCGAAGGUCGCGUCACGUAUAAUAUGACAAACCUCUUUAAAGGAAACGCCGAUAUGAGUAAAGUGGCACUAGACUUUAUGAACGAAAACUGGUAUAUGGUAGCAAAUGAAUUAGGAAGCCCUCUAAUUAACUACUGUAUAAAUUUAAUAAUUAGUAAUCUCAACCAGUUACUAAACAAGGUUCCAUUAAAUAAUCUGAUAAGUACGUAAACAAUGAGUGCUAACUGUUAACUAGCGCAUAAUAUUCAUUAUUAUUAUGAAUCAAUACGAAAUAUGUUACUAAAUAAUAGAGUAAAGCACAUCACUAUGGUACUUAUUAAUAUGAGUUUUCUUUCAACCAAUUAAAAUAAUAAUGUAAAUAUAUAUUGUACGAAUUAUUUAUGUCUCAUAUAACUCUAUUUUUUUAACUCUAUAUUCGUCACAUCGUAACGACAAAAAUAACUUUAAAAUUCAAUCAUGUCUCUAAGCUGUGAUUAAAAGUAGUUGUCGUUAUUUACCAAUAAGCCUCUUUAGCUAAAUACAACAAACAAAAAGAAAAAACAAAUUUCAAUAAAUGUGACUUUUAUUUUGCAACAACAUUUUAAUCUAAAAAACUUUCAUCAUCAAUUACAUAUUUAUUUUUAUCUUACGUUUACGCCACUUUUUCAAUGAGUUAUACGCUGAAAUCAAAAUUAUAGAUUCAAUUGACAGAUUGAAGUAGGUACUACUAAUAAUAUUUAUGCAAUUUGUUUAUUGCAAUGCUAGAUUCGUUUUGUAUCUAUACUAAUAUUAUAAAGCUGAAGAGUUUG